AUGCGUCGCCCGGCAUUGCUAAUUGCGCAGCGGCUUUCCAUCAUUCAAACCUGCCUACACCGGAUACCCUCACCCAGACCAAUUGCUCGUGCGUCGUGGUCGCGAUCGUCCCAUACACUUUCCCCGGGCUCUCCGAAGCCUGGGCACACUGGCGGUUCCCCUCCUGAUCACCGUCUCUUAGCCGCUGCUCAGGACCUCCUCAUAACCCACCCGGUAUCCCCUGGUUCACCACUAUUUCUUCCUCACGGUUCUCGCAUUUUUAACAAACUCAUCAGCUUCAUCCGCUCGCAGUACACCCUCUACGGAUACGAGGAAGUCAUCACACCAACUAUAUACAAGAAAUCACUAUGGGAAACCUCCGGACAUUGGGAAAACUACAACGAACACAUGUUCAAAGUGGAGGCAGGUGAAGAGUUCGGGCUAAAACCAAUGAACUGUCCCGGACAUUGCUUACUGUUCAAACACGCUGCGGGCAAACUGAGCCUGAGGGAUUUACCGGUCAGAUAUGCAGACUUCUCCCCAUUACAUAGGAAUGAGAAUUCUGGAUCAUUGAGCGGUCUCACUAGAGUGCGGAGAUUUCAUCAGGACGAUGCUCACAUCUUCUGCCGGCCGUCCCAAAUUUCCCAAGAAAUAUCAUCAACCCUACGGUUCAUCCAAACGGUCUACAAGGUAUUUCAUCUCCCGCCCUACAAACUGAGGCUGUCCACGAGGCCAAAGGAGGGUUACAUGGGAUCGCUGGAGGAAUGGGAUCGGGCUGAGGCAGCCCUGAAGGCAUCUCUGGAUAAAUCAGGCCAGGAUUGGGCGAUUAAUGAGGGAGACGGCGCGUUUUAUGGACCGAAAAUUGACACCAUUCUCACGGAUUCUGAUGGAAAGGAACACCAAACGGCAACAAUUCAAUUGGACUUUCAGCUGCCUCGAAGACUCGGGUUAAAUUACUUUGCACCUGCUCCAGCCGCAGAGCAGAAGGGAAUCCUCAGUACGGACCCCGAGCAGCUGAAGGAGUCCGGUUUCGUCACGCCUCAUUACAACGGCAAAUGGCCUUUUUGGCUUUCACCUCGGCAGGCGAUCGUGAUUCCGGUUGCUAUGACGGAUGAAAUAGUGGCAUAUGCACGAGCAAUGAGCAGACGCACCUUCAAUGUCGACAUUGACGAAAGCGGGGGCCUCCUCUCCAGGAAGGUUAGAGCGGCUAGAAUUAAGCAUUACAAUUACAUUAUUGUUGUUGGAGAAAAGAAUCUUCAAGCAAAGACUGUUAGCCUGGGCUCGGCUUCUCCUCGGCAUCAGGAGCAGGGGCACGAAGAAGGGGUGGAAAAAGGUCUGAAAGACAUGUCAGUGGAAGAGGUUUAUCAAAAGUUUGUCGAACUAGAGAAUGAGUAUGCAUAG